ACACAUCCUCAGUCUUAUUACUCACUUUCAUUCUCCGAGCCAACCGAGUUAACUCACUAACAAUCACAUGGCUUCUGAACUCACCAAACUGAUCCUUCCAUGGAAAGUUCGCUUACUCAUUUCCCUCCUUUCCACCCUCGCCGACACCUCUCGCCGCUCCAACGCCACCAUCAACCGCCGCCUCUUUAACCUCGCUGACCGCCAGUCACUGCCAAACCCCACCCCCGUCGACGGCGUUUCCUCCUCCGACGUCACCGUCGAUCCCGCCCGCAACCUCUGGUUCCGCCUCUUCGUCCCCUCCUCUUCCUCCGCCACCACCCUCCCGGUCUUCGUCUACUUCCAUGGCGGCGCCUUCGCUUUCUUCUCCGCAGCUUCAACCCCUUACGACGCCGUUUGUCGUCUCUACUGUCGCUCCCUUAACGCCGUCGUUAUCUCCGUCAACUACCGCCUCGCCCCUGAACACCGCUACCCCUCCCAAUACGACGACGGUUUCGACGUCUUAAAAUUCAUCGACCGAAACGGCAGCGUUUUACCCGACGUUGCUGACGUCACCAAAUGUUUUUUAGCGGGUGAUAGCGCGGGUGCGAACCUGGCCCACCACGUGGCGGUUCGGGUUUCUAAAGAGAAGCUACAAAGAACCAACAUUAUCGGCUUAGUUUCGGUUCAACCGUAUUUCGGAGGAGAAGAGAGAACCAAAUCCGAAAUCCAAUUAAACCGGGUACCCAUUAUUUCGGUGGAUAGAACCGAUUGGCACUGGAAGGUGUUCUUGCCAAAUGGAUCGGACCGGGAUCAUGAAGCGGUUAACGUGAGUGGGCCCAAUGCCGUGGAUAUUUCGGGUUUGGAUUAUCCGAAUACGAUUGUGUUUAUGGGUGGGUUUGACCCGUUGCGUGAUUGGCAAAGGAAGUAUUAUGAUUGGUUGAGGGAAUCGGGAAAAGAGGUGGAGUUAAUCGAUUAUCCAAACACGUUUCAUGCUUUUUACUUUUUUUCUGAAUUGCCCGAAACUUCUCUGUUUGUUUAUGAUGUCAAGGAGUUUAUGGCCAAGCAAAUGGCCAAUGUGAAUUGAAGGGUAUUUUAGUACGUUAAUUAUUUGUCUAUGUUGUAUAUGAAGGUUGGAGGAAAAAAGGGAAGGACAUGUAACAUGUAUUGUAUGCAAAUAGAGUAUUGCUAUGAUGGUUGCGUGAUGAUAUCAGUUUGAUAAAUGAUAAUUGCUAUGCAUAAGAAAAAAGAGAUAAUUUAUCAUUCAACUUCCCAUAGAGAGAAUACACUCUAGGGCACUUUCAUUGAAUGGAACUCAUUCAUUUUGGAGUGA